AUGGCGUACGAGGAUAGCAUAUUCGCUGCUGCCCUGGUAAUGUUGAAGGCCGGAGCGGAUGCCACGGGCGAGCUAGAUACCUUGAUUAAGGGGGCCGACCCGGCGCUCCGCAUCUUUAAGCAGGACCCGCUUGAGCUGGCCCUCCUGGCCGGGGUCAGAGAGACGGCCGGCAGGAUGGCCGCGGCAAAAGAAUACCUCAUCGAUCUCCUUAUUAAGUCGGGUGCUGACCUAAAUGCGACGGAGGCCGAGAUGUUGCUCUCUUCGGAACUCUUAGAGAUCGAUAAGCGCGACUUUCUGACGAAGACGGGCGUCUUGAACAUGCUGCGGAAAGCGAAGGAGAGCCGGCCCGGGCCGGUGAUUGCAGGAGUUUUCCGAUCAGAAAGAAAGAGCACCCCGCGGAGAUGGUCCGACGUCCAUGUCGGUUUCAUCGUUUUCAAGUGCACGACCACAGUCUGCCCGACUGACUUGGACGAUAUGGGAUCCAUGCUCGAUCUGGUCGUCCCUCCUUUGGAUCACUUGACAGCACAGCUCUUUGAGGAUUCAUUCCUCGAUGAAUAUGAACUCAACACAAGAGAGGAGGCUAUCCGAUCCGCAAAGAAUGAACAUGGCCUUGCAAAGGCUCGUGUCGAUAUAUCCAGCGCCGACCCCGUGACGUCCGACGACACGUCCACGACACGCCCAAAUACUGACUGCACGGCGCCAAACACGCCAGAUGCACGCAGAGGGUACAAUGGCCUUGGAUAA